GUACUUCAAAAUAGUAUUAAUAACAGUAAUCCUUAACUGUUAUUAUGUGCUACCAAUAUUUUAUUUACCUUUAAGGGUCUAAUACUGCAGGUCAAGAGGUGAUUUGCAUUUCUGGCUGACCACCAGGAUGUGACUAAGCUUUAUGUACACUUGCACUGGCUGCCCAACAGGUGGAAGCAAAUGGAGUGACACAGCAAAGUCCAAUGAAGAAAUUUAAGAAGACAUUUCUGAGACCUGGAAAAAAUUUUCUACAAACUUUUCCCCCCUUGACUCUUCCAUUUACCCAGAGCAUUUCAAUUGGGAAGUUAAAAACAUGGCCAUGGAUGCUGAAUGGUACCUCCCACUGCAGCGGUGUCAGUCAGGGUAUUGCUCAGUGACUGAGAGUUGGAAGCUACCAACGUGGAAUUAAAAGGCUGUGAUUUUCAGCAAUAACACUAUAACCGAUGAAUCUGUCACAGCAGCUACACUUUGUAACUUACUAAGAGUCACUACAAACUAUAGAUGGGACAACUGUAACAAAUUUUAAAGGGAUUACUCUAACAAGGACUUCUGUGUUCUAUCGCCUCUGAGGCGGUACAGUACCCAGUACAGCCCUGUCGGUUCAGUACAUGUACCAAACAAAUACAGCGUUGUUUUAUAUCUGAACACACACAGAAUGUUUAUGUGUGGAACUAAGUGCACAAUGUAAAUGUAUUCUGUUGGUCAACUUUAAAAAGUAACACCAAAACAAAACAGAAGGGGCUUCCAGCUAUCACCAAACUCUAUUUGAGAACAUUAAAGUUUUUCAUACAGCUAUAGUAGAAAAAGAAAGGUUGUCAGCUCACAGUGUGUAUCGCCAUUCAAGCUAAGCUGGUGUGCUACAGCUGUGCUAAUGGCGGAGAAACAGGAAAACUGCAAAAAGCCAUGUGGUUUUAUGGUGGUAUCAUCCAUCCAUCCAUCCAGUCAGUGAUUAUACCUGCUUAUCCUUUAUCAUAAAAAAAAUCUUACUUAAUCUCCAUUCACUCGGGGUACCAGCUACUUUUUAUUUUUUUCAAUUGAUUGAAACGGAUGGAAGAUGUAUGGAACAGAGACUUCAAAACUGAACUACGCACCGAACUGUGCUUUUUAUGCGUCGUUACUAUAUGAUUUUAAACUGAUAUGACUGAAUUAUGAUGUUCACAAAACCACAACCAAUUCGAAAUGCUAAGCACUUCCCCUCCACAAAACUCCAUCCAAAAGCUCCUGCUUCAUGAAAAACUGCAACCUCCCUACCAGAGCCUUUUGUUCGGGUUAAACUUUGACCCUCGUAAUUUUUUUUUACCCUGACAAAUGUUGAGGAAACACAAGGGAGUAAUAAUGGCUUCAGAAAACUACCCAGGGUACUUUUCUGUAUACCAGCUCAACCAUAUUUCUAUAGCACUUUAAAAUACAACUUAGUCAGUUAAAGUGCUUUACACAUCCUAAAAAGGUAAUAAAACAACAAGAAUUCAAAAAAAUAAAAAACACUAAAAGCAAAAACAGAAAAAAACUAUUAAAACACGGAGCAGAAUACAUAAACAAACAACAAACUGGGUUAAAAACCAGAGAGAAAAAAGUUAUUUCUUAAGAUUUAAAAACAAAACGUAAAUCAGCCUGCCUGAUACAUAAAGGUAAUUUGUUCCCUAGUUUUGGUGCAAUGAUAAAGAAAGUAUGAUCACCUCUCCUCUUUGGAAACUAAAAACUGAUCUGCUGACCUGAGUGAGUGAGAGGAAGCGUGCAGAUGAAGCAGGUCUGACAGAUACUUGGGGGUAAGGCCAUGAAGACACAUAUAAAAGAGUUUUAAAAUAGGAGAAAUGUGCUCUCAUUUUUUGGUACCAGUUAAAAGACGAGCAGCAGCAUUCUGGACUAGCUGCUGUCAGGCCACUAAAGAGUUGUAAUAAAAACAUGGAUUCAAGUCUCAGCUAUUUGGUGACAGGAAUGGUUUUGUCCAGUUUUCUCUGUUGGAAAAAGCUGGACCUGAGCACUGAUUCAAUCUGAGCAUCAAGGUUACGUUUUCUGUCCAGUCUAACACCCAGGUCUGUAGCUAUGUGUCAGAUACUGACUCAAAGGACCCAGGUCAACACUGCUGCUGAAGACAUCACGGAGCUUAAGCAUUACCCCAGUUUUGUCGUUGUUCAGGUGUAAGAAAGUUAUUGACAUCCAUGAGCCAACAUACAUGCAAAAAAACAGCUUUUGAACAGCUGUCUGCUGUAGGACUUUAUUAGUUCCGUCCUAUUUGUAGUAAAACAGUAAAUAACAGCUGUUUCUACAUAUAGAGGUAUUCUCCACUAAAGCCCAGAGAUUACAAUAAGUUAACAACAGGUAGGUGACUAAGUUGAAGAAUCUAAGAUCCAUUGUGUGAUCUCCUAAAUGUUUGCACAUCAUGUUGCUAUGACUUGUGAAUCCAGGAGAAACUGUCUGUUUAAAACCACUGGGUUAAUAUUUUUUUCCUUGAAUGAACAAGUAUCAUAUUUUCUAAUAUGACCAACUUCCUCCCAAAGGCUGAGGCUGCCUGUUGUUGGUUUGUGAAAGGUGCGCGUUUGGAUUGAGUCGCCAGUCCAAGAAGUCUGUGGGAUUGCCUUGCGUGUUUUUUUUUUUCUCUUUCUGCGGGAUCUAAAUAUAAGACGGUGACAAAUAGUCCAAAUAGCCUACAGUAGCAACCCAACUGUGAUGUGGGGGUGGUGCGGCUCCAUCUCCAAAAGUCUCCUCUGUUGGAUCCGGAGUGCGUCAAGAGAAGGUCGCAGAGCGCAUCAGCUGCCGCAUGCGGCCGACUUUCCCCUCUCAUCUUGUUACCAUGAAGAGGCAAAACGCCAGGACUCUCGCCCUCAUCAUCAGCAUCCUCACCUACCUGGUGGUCGGAGCGGCCGUGUUCGAGACCCUGGAGUCAAAACAGGAGAGAAGUCACAAGAGGAGGCUGGACGCCAGGAAGUACGAACUCAUGCGCAAAUACAACUUGACCAAAGCGAACUUCGAGGAGCUGGAGCACGUCGUCCUACAGCUCAAACCUCACAAAGCGGGAGUCCAGUGGAAAUUCGCGGGCUCCUUUUACUUCGCCAUCACUGUGAUCACAACCAUAGGUUAUGGCCAUGCGGCGCCCAGCACCGACUCAGGGAAGGUGUUCUGCAUGUUCUACGCCCUGCUGGGCAUCCCGCUCACCUUGGUCAUGUUCCAGAGCCUGGGAGAGCGCAUCAAUACGUUUGUUAGAUACCUGCUGCACCAAGCCAAGAAGUGCCUGGGGAUGCGUCAGACCGAGGUCUCCAUGGCCAACAUGGUGACCGUGGGCUUCUUCUCUUGCAUCAGCACCCUGUGUGUAGGGGCCGCAGCUUUCUCCCACUGCGAGGGAUGGAGUUUCCUGCACGCCUUCUACUACUGCUUCAUUACGCUCACGACUAUCGGCUUUGGAGAUUAUGUGGCUCUGCAGAGGGAUGAUGCUCUGCAGAAUGACCCUCGCUAUGUGGCUUUCUGCUUUGUUUACAUCCUCAUGGGCCUGACAGUGAUUGGAGCAUUCUUGAAUCUUGUUGUGCUUCGUUUCCUGACCAUGAAUACUGAGGAUGAGCGUCGGGACGCCAAGCAGAAGGCUUUGAUGUCUGUGGGCAAGCCCAGAGGAGAGGUCACUCAUCUUUUACCGCUCUCAACCUCAACUUCCACCUCAGCCGUAGCAAACAACACCACAAAGGCUAAAGAUUUAAAAGGUGCCUACACCGAGGUGCUGCAUUUCCAAACGAUAUGCUCCUGCUUGUGGUACAGAAGUAAAGAGAAGCUGCAGGGCUCCAUACCCACCAUGAUCCCUCAGGAGAUGACAUUCUCUGAUGCCUACUUGCAGCAGAACAGUAACUCUCCUCACUACAUGGAUCCUGGAUCAACAGCCUGUGUGUGCAGUCCACGUCAGUGCACCAACAUGAGCUCCAUAACAACAGGCCUUCACAUUCUUUCUCCAUUCAAUUUGUUUAAAAGACGCAGCUCCGUUUAGCCUUUUACAGCAACUGCUCGAGCUAGAGCACACGAAACUUAACCCUUACCUGCAACUAGAUGUAUGUGGUGCUAUAAUCCUGGUAUUCCAAGAGUAUAAUGUGCAAAAAAGGAAAACGCACACACAGCAAAGUCUUGAUCAAAUGUGUAAUGGAGAAAGAACAGCCAACGGGGUUUUCAUUUUGAGGCUUUGUGUGUGCUCAGAGGAAUUAGGUCCAAGCUGUUCGAAGUCAUGUGGAUCACGGCACAUGACACAAUGCAGUGCAUAUUGUGCUAGAGGUAAAGGCAAAGCAGAUGCUUGGUCGGUGAAGUCAACAGAGAUGACAGAGAAUACAGAGAUACAAGAACUAAAUCUUGUUUGCCCUGCAGCAAAUAAUGAUUGUGUAUUUUUAUUAGUGAGCUCAACAUUACUUUCUAAAUGUAUCCAUUUUGUUCCUACGUCUUUUAAAAGCAAAGGUGUAACAAUACACGCAGCUCACAGGAUGGGAUUAUUCACAAUAAUAGAUUUACAAGACAAGAUUUUAGCAAUACUAAUGGAAAAAAGAAUCCCUAUUUUGUUUUCACGAACACAGCAAAAGCUUCAUAAACUACCAACAGUUUUUCCUCUCUCUAAUCAGAGUAGAAUAAAUCAGGCAAGGUAUUAAAUGCGUAUCUCAGUCUAAGGUGAUCCUAAUGUGAACAAGAGAUAAACAUAUGACAUCCUGCCUCAUCAAAGAAAUUGUGAAAUAUCCAUUUACUUUAGUGCAAAGCAGCCUGCAAAUCUUGAUCAAACUUUAGCGUCAUUAGCAUGUAACAGUUAGCCAGAAAGGUAAUCAGUCGUAUCCUAUCGCUUUUUUCUAUCAUGUAGUUAAUGCCACACACACAUAUUUUAGAAGUGGUGUGGGCUUCUAAAUACUUUUGAAACUAAAUGUUUAUAACCUACCUAAUAAGAAGUAUUUAAUCAAUUUUUCCCGUGCAAAGGGGAACUCAAGAACUACUCCUUUUUUUGCUUCAAAAUAAGGGUCUCAAACAUAGGCACAAUAUGGUUGCAAGCUUAAAGCACACACUUUCAUAUCCAGGGUGCAGAUCAAUAGCUGGCACUUAUUUCACCUGGCAAAACCAAUGGACAGGCCUUUGCCAGACAGACUUUCAUGAGAAAUGUUGUGGCCUUUUAUUAACACCAGGCCUUAUGCCAUAAGAUACACCCCUGCCUCAAAGAUACGAUUCUUUUUGUAAGCAUUGCUCACACCAUUUGUGACUGGUCAGAACGUUUGAUAAUUUGGCAUGCAAGACCAACUUCAUAUGAGUCACAUCGGUGGCUGUGGCAUUAUCAUGUCUGUCAGUGCUCUCCGCCCAAAUUGCUGGUGCCACAGUCACAAAUUUAUGUCAUUUGUUAAGUGGAAACGUCUAGAAACAUUGUGGCCACGUAUCUUCAAAAAUUUGCUUUAACAAAGAAGGCAAAGUAUAUACUAAGAAGCACUGACUGAUAUAGUCGUUAGUUGUGCAGCUGUUUGAUUCUAAAAGCUCUAUUGAACAAAAGUAGUUUAACUACGCUGACCAGACUCACCUAGAAUUAAUCUUAAUGAGCUUUAUGAAUGUACUGCAGGUUAAUGCUAGGUGUCUUGGUUAAUGUGUCCAUUCAUCUUGUUGAUUAGCAGUUAGAUAACAGCUGUAGCCCCACAUGGCAAGAACAUUCCCCUAUAGCAGCACCAAAACCUCAGUAGGACAGCAGAAAUAAUAUAUAUAUAUAUAUAUAUAUAUGAAAUAAAAUACUUUAAGAUUACCAUAUAUAUACUGGAUAAUGGGAUAAAUACCUAAUCUGGAAUUGUCUGGCAAUCUAAAGCAGAUUUUCAAGCAAAUGAUUAAAUAAACAUAAAACACACUUGAGUAUUUAAGGAUACCUCUAUUUGAUUUCUUGGUAAGAGAAAUUCAAACAAUAUUUCACAACCAAAAAACAGAAAUAUGCUCAUUCUGGUUUGUCAGGGAUGGUUUAGAUUUUUUGAAAGAUGGUUCUUUGAAGUUACUAUGAGUAAUAGUAUCUGUAAUAAAAAGAUGUCAUAUUGGUGCUUUUGUUUAAGAAGAAAUGGUAGAACGCUAACAGCUAGUCAGUCGGGGCCCCAUUUUAGAUAAUUUUAGCUGUUAUAAACAAUUCCAUCUGAAGCGAUUGUUAUCCAUUUGAUUCAGUGCUAUAUUAGCCAAUAUUUAAUUUAUACAAUGUUGCAAGGGAUUGUUUAUGGGUUGGCUGCUGUUUUGUUAGCCAAACAACGUCCCUGUUUCUACACAAAAGUUACAUCAGUUGAGGAUAACAGCUGUAUAAAUCCACCCUAUCAACCGUGACUCAUCAGUCUGCUCUGACUAGCUAUUAGCCUUCCACCACCUGAAUGACUUUUUCGUUUUUCUACAAACCUAUAUUGAGAAUUAACUUGAAAACUGGAUUGAUGAUAAUUCUGUUACCUUUUCAGGCAUAGUCAGGUUAGCCAGUUUGGGUGCCUCAGGUUAUUUUGCUAAACUAAGCUAAUUCUUCCCUAACUGCCAGAACUGCUCAAUAUAGUGUACUAUUGCACAAUAUCAAUGUGUGCAAUAUUUGGUAGCUAUAAUUUAUGCGCCAUGCAAAAACACUAAUUUCCAAUAAUAUAUUUGGACAUACUUUAAUUGUCUCAUAUGCCUGCAGCUGCAAUAGAUUUUUAUUGAAUUGAGUUGUACAAAUUUUAAGAUUCUAAAGCUCAGGUAGAUUGGUGAGUACAUUGUAAAGGUAGAAAAGAGAGUAGUGAGAAAAAUAUGGGUUUAUUCCAAUUGUUAUGGUCACAAUAUUAUGGUUUCCUAAUAUUGUGCAGCUGUAUGUGCUAUUAUGUAUACUUUGUUUUUACUUUUAACAUUUUUUAGUUGGCAGCAGAACACAGAUAAUAAAAGACCUGCCCAAACAGAUCCACCAUACCUACAUUAGACAUAAUGUGCACAGAGUUGUGCAGAUCACAUCUGGAGCAAACAGUAGAUGCAAAUAUUUUUUGGGAGCAGUCUGUUGGAGCAGAUGGGAGGGGGGUUACCACGUUCGUACAAUGUAUAAUUACUUGGCUGUCAAUCACAGACGGCUUUGCUUGAAUAGACAGAAUCAGGAUGAUUGAUGGAAAAGGAAGAAUUCUCUUUCUGCUAAUUUCACGUAUUCCUGGGUACAAUUUGGUGGUUUGUCUGUGGGUGGCAUUAUGCAGAGUCACAAUUGCAUACAUUUAAAGAGCAACAACAGAAUUUUAACUACAAAAGUUUGAAUAAUUUAAAUUUUCUUAUCAUUGUAUUCUGCAGCUUAAUAAUUAAGCAGCUAAAGAAAUCAAUCAAAGAUAAAGUUAUAGUCAUGGUAAAGAGAAGGCGCAUCCUCUUCAAUGCUAUGGUUUUUUAUUUUUAAAUGUUUUAAUAGAUACCUGGUCCUUACCAGAUUCUGAAAGUAUUUAAACCUCACCCAAAGCAAAUAAACAAAUUCCUUUCUCUCAUUAUUUAUUAAAGAUGAAGCCAUAAGAAAAAGCUGUGUCCAAAAAACUAGGUGUGCCCCAUGCUUCAGUACCUCAUAAAACCAUUUUUAGCAGUAAAUAUUUGUUUUUUGUUUGACAUUAACAGUAACUCAUAUAGUUCAGAAGGCAUUCUGGCCAAAUCCUCUGAAUACAACAUUACUUCAUUGUUCUCAUGGCCCAACCUUGACCUGUUUUUGCUGUUGGAUAUGUGGCCUUAAAUUUACCACUUGGAACACAUUGAUAAACACAGGUUUUCUUGGUCAACUUGUGUACUUAAAGGUACACAAGGUACAAAAUUAUCACACCUCCACCACCAUGUUAUGACAGUUGACAUGAGGCGUUUGUGCUGAUAUGUUGUUUUUGUUCUCCAAACAUUAUGGCUAAGCAUCACUGAUUUGUUCUAAUCUGUACUCAUUAAGUUGUACCAGAAAUCUUGUGAUGCAUUCAGUUUCAACUUUAUAAAUUUACUGUUUCCAGAUCAGCAAAUUACCAGAUCUACAACUGUUAUCAAACCGGUCAUGCUUGCUCUUGAUCAAGUAAUCUUUUGCAUUUAAUAAUGGCAGCUACUUUCCCUUUCCUGGAAGCAGAAAGGGUGUACUUAAUUUUCUAUAGACAGCUUUUCCAUUUUGAUCUGUCAUUGAUUUGUCAUUUUGAUCUCUUCAUACGCAACUUUUUUGGGUAUGUUAGUCUUAUGCUGUAUGGACCAUUGUCAAUUUGUACCCACCAGGGGGCAUUUCAUACUUGGUUUGGCAACCAAUGUUUUAACCUAGUAGUUUCUAUAAUCUGGAAUUAUUAAUUUGAUUGGAACACUUCCAUUAAUACGUAUCUCCAUUCAUGAAAAUACUUAACUGCAAAAAUACAGAAUGGUACAGAAUGGUUUGAGUGCAUAUGUAUAAAAUAGUUUGUUUUAGAUACAAAGGAAGAUGUAUGGGUACAAAAUUUCACUAUGAAUCAAUGAAUAGAUGAACUGACCCGGAGCCUAUCUUUUGCUUUUAAGCUUUGAUUAAAAUAAUUUUAGAACUAUUAAGGGCCAGGUAUUUUCUGAUAUGUGAUGAUACAACUGUAGUAUUGCAGGAGGGUGUAUUUUCUAUUAAUCAUGAUGACAAUAGAUUAUCAGAUGCAUCAACUGCCAACAAUAUUCUGGAAGAUUACAGGUUAGAAAUAUUCUUUUAGUUUGAAUUCAGCCUCAUCAACAUUCAAUUAUAUCAAAUUUGCCAUCUUCAGGAAUGGAGGAAAAUGCCAAACAUAUCUUCUGACAACUCAGUAGGUUAUGUUUUAACUUUGAAAACCAGCAAAGUUUGUCUUAAUAGUUGGAUAUAAUAAACUAAACCAGGUCAAAACUGUGCAUAUUAAAUUUUAUCUUUUCUAGGUCUCUGGAUAAGUGUCGUGUUUUCUUGACUAGCGGAGAUUUAUACAAACCAAGAGCCAACAUAGACAUGUUUGUACCUGUUCUCUCAGAUUUUUCAGAGAAUGUUAGAAAUUCUCACCUGAAGCAGAAAUAUGUGUCAUAAAGGAGGUGCAGGUAGAUGA